AACUGUGAUUUGACACUUAAGGUCAUUUUAUGGGGAAGAAAAGUGUCGUGGACAGCGAACGUUUGCCGCCCGAGGACGACUCCACGAUGAAAGCCUUCGAGGCUGCUCUGAAUCCCCAGCAGGUCGAGCCCGUGGACCUCGACCAGCAGAUGCUGAGGAUCGCGCUUCAAGCACACCUCGACUUGCCGGAGAUCAGCCAUAAAGUUCCGGAGACUGCAAUAUUAAUGAAGAUAUUAGAAAGCUACAUCCAAGACAAUAAAAAAUGAUGAUGACUUCCAUUGCCUGAAAUCUUCAAAGGUUCAAUCCACAUGGAAUUUGUAAUCGCUUUUUCAUUAACUGUAAUUUGCUUCUUAACUAAGCCUAUUAACCACCAUGUCACAAGAAAUGCAACAAGUUACUUGUAUAUUUAUUUUUAGAGAAUGUUCAGAAUUGUAUUUUUUUUUUCAAUAAUUUGUAUUAAAGACUAAAUUAGUAAAGUCAGUUGCUCCUGCAUGCAACUACAAUGUAAAAGUGUCAUAAUUUGUAUCUAAAUUUCUAUAUUCAGUGAAAGUUCAGUGUUAAACAGUUGAGUACUGACAGAUUUAGAGAACAGUUGGCUAUUCUUGGUGCUUUCAUUGAUUAAUGAGUUGUAAUUGUAGAAGGUAUCUUUUAGACAAUAAAAUUGUGUUUACUGGGCAGAAAACAUCAGAAGGAAAUUCGAGACAUUAGGAAAAAAAAAACGAAAAAGUGAUCAACCAAAGCACAACAGACAGUUGCCUAAACAUUAUCACGAUAAAUGUCAACUCUUUAUUUCUUUAAAGUUUAAAGGUAGAUUUUGCUCCUGAGAGAAAAAAAAACAGGCAGUUAGGCUAAUUGUGUCUAACUAGUUGUUGAAGCGCUGAUCAUUGUAGCCAAUCAGAGACAUAUUCGAUGAGCGCGUGUCGUGAGUACAAUGGGCAAUCAGAGUUGUUUACGAUUCCGAUGCGUCACAUUUUUUAAAUUUCAGUAGCUAUCGACAUAGUGCCGAAGUAGCCUACUUUUUGACAACUACUUUAAAAUAUUCACGACUCAACUUAAGUAAAAUCAAUUUUCAAAAUCAGUCUUUUUUUCCUAAACAAAAUAUCUUAAUAGAAACAAAUCAAUUUCUUAUAGUUUCUGCACAUGUAGGUGAUAUGUUUCAAAUCAUAAAACAGGUUUGUGUUGUCAUGACUUUGAUGGCACAGAUGUAAAUUUAUGUUAAUUAAU